AGUACUAGUAGAAGUACUAGCUACAGUGCUAGAGGAACCCAGGAAGAUGAGAUCCCACUAAUACAAAUACGAGCAGAACUUUCCACCGCUCCUGAGAGAGACCGGGGUCGAGGACCCAGCCAACAAGCAGGCGAGCGAGGAGAAGAAGCUGGGAGUGAUGGCCAUGGCGCCGGGCGGGCUUAACGGCGGAGGCGGCGGCGGGAAGGCGGUGAGCCUGCGGCUGCAGUACUACUGCGUGUUCGCGGCGGUGGGGGUCGCCGUGAUCGUGCUCUCGCUCUCCUUCCUGUCCCCGGCCACCAUGGGCGCCGUCCGCCAGCUGAACCUCGGCGCCGUCGUCGCCGCGCCUACCAUCUCCACCGCCGGGGAGAAACCCGGGUCCGCGGUCGCGGUGGCCGCCCAGCCGGAGCCGGUGCCGGAGCCGGAGAAGGUGAAGGCGAAGGGGCCGGAGCCGGAGAAGGAGAAGGGGCCGCCGGUGGUGCUGUUCAACUUCGGCGACUCGAACUCGGACACGGGCGGCGUGGCGGCGGCCGGCGGGAUACGGAUCAUGCUCCCGGAGGGCCGCACCUACUUCCACCGCCCCACGGGUCGCCUCUCCGACGGCCGCGUCAUCAUCGACUUCAUCUGUGAGAGCCUGAACACUCAUGAGCUGAACCCAUACCUGAAGGGAGUGGGCUCAGACUACAGCAAUGGUGUCAACUUCGCGAUGGCCGGUUCGACAGUGUCACACGGCGUCUCCCCCUACUCCCUGAAUGUCCAGGUCGACCAGUUUGUCUACUUCAAGCACAGAUCCCUGGAGCUUUUCAAGCGAGGACUGAAAGGCCCAGUGAACAAGGAGGGCUUCGAGAACGCGCUAUACAUGAUGGACAUCGGCCACAACGAUGUGGUCGGUGUGAUGCACACACCGUCUGAUGAGUGGGACAAGAAGUUCAGAAAGGUUGUCAGUGAGAUUGGCGAAGCGAUUCAGAUUCUGUACGACAACGGUGCAAGGAAGUUCUGGAUACACGGCACAGGAGCCCUUGGUUGCUUACCGGCACUGGUGGUGCAGGAGAAGGGCGAGCACGAUGCGCACGGCUGCCUCGCAAACUACAACCGGGGUGCUCGGGCCUUCAACAAGAAGCUGAGUGACCUCUGUGACGACAUGAGGUUGCGCCUGAAGGACGCCACCGUGGUCUACACUGACAUGUUUGCCAUCAAGUAUGGGUUCGUUGCGAACCACACCAGUUAUGGGAUUGAGUGGCCACUGAUGGUGUGCUGUGGAAAUGGAGGGCCACCUUACAACUUCAAGCCAGGGAAAUAUGGCUGCGGUGAUCUCUGUGGGCCAGAGGACAAGGUGCUUAGCUGGGACGGUGUGCACUUCACCGAUUUCGGCAGCGGCCUCGCUGCCAAGCAUUCUAUGAGUGGCGAGUACUCCAAGCCCAGAGUAAAGCUGGCAAGCUUGAUUAACGGUGCUUCAAAGAAGUCAGCGUCUGAGUCUUGAUUCUGAUAGAUGGAUGAAUCAUGAACUUUGGAUAGAUCAUGGAUGAGGGGAUACUGGUGAAGAUGAAUCCAGACAGGGACGACUCCAAAUACAACAUGUGAUUGAUGAACAAGUUGCAGCAGGUUGGUUCUACAGUGAUUGGCAACGUGUACACAAUAGGCAAUAGAUCCCUCGGCUACAAGUAAAAGGUUGUUGGAUUUCUUUUUGGAUUUUUUUGUAAUCCUGGGUAAAAUGAUUUUGCAAUAUUGGUGUAUGUGUACAGACAGUGCAAGGAAGCUGCAAUCUCUCACAGCUCAGGAAAAUGGGUGUACCAUAGUUCUAGUUUACAUACAUCUGCAAAAGAAUAUACUGCAAGACCUUGGAAACAUGGUUCCAUUUUUUACUGAUGGUUUUGUUUGGCAA